GACAGUCGUCUAAAAAAAUCUGUCGAUUAAAAUCAAAAACGCAUUUUCGGAAAUAAUAAACAUAUAGUCUGAUAUACAAUAAUCGUAAACUCUACAUAUUAAAAUAUGUGUACCUUUCUAAACGCCUGGUUCUAGUUUUAGGUCGCAAAAUUUAAAUUUUAAAAGUGGUGACUGCCUAUUGUUGUUUAUUCGCCGGCGAAUUUUGACCAUUUGAAUGCAGUCAGGUUGAUACCGAUAGCGACGCCCUUUGCAGAGAUUGUCUGGAUGAGAUUUAUCAUUGGGUGAAAUGGCGAAGCAGCAUCCGCGGGAUUUUCAAAAUUUCAAGAGAAAUGAAAGGAGCAGAGCCACGGUUUCGGGUUUCUCUUCGCUCGGCAUGGAGAUUAAGAGAAAGAAAAUCAUGGAGAGCACCUACUUCCCAGAACAAGAGGACUGCAAUGUCCAGGAGAAAAUCGACUUUGAGAUCCGAAUGCGGGACGGAGCCCACAAGCUCCUUGCAGCAAGCACCCAGAGAGAUCAGGUUUUAAACGCUUCUAAAAACCUGAUGACCUGUAACAUGCGCAUUAUGGCCUACAUGACGGAGCUACAGAAAAAGAAGGAGGAACAGAUCAUGAACAGAAUGGCAAGAAGGUCUUCUGAUAUAGGGACGAAGGAGCGCACAGCAUGCAAGGGGAAAGUUGCAUUAUCAGACCUUCGGAUACCAUUAAUGUGGAAGGAUUCUGAUCACUUCAACAACAAAGGAAGGUCCCGACGCGUGGCUGUAUUUUGCCUGAUGAAACUCGGCUCUGAGGUUUUUGACACAGAAAUGGUGGUUGUGGAUAAAGCUGUCACAGACAUAUGUUUUGGGAAUUUAACUGUGUUCAACGAGGCAGGACCAGGUUUUGAGUUACAACUUCAGGUGUACAGCUGCUGUUUGGAGGAGGAGCCCUCCAUAGGUAGCACUCCUAAGAAGCUGGCAAAAAAACUGGGUACUUCAUUCAGCAAGCCCACAGGAAAGAGAGUGUGUCAACUGCUGGAUGGAAAUGACCAUCCAGCAGCUGGUGCGAAAUACAACUUACUUGCCUAUGCAACACUAACUCUUCCUCUUGCUGACGGCAGCUUCCAGUCACAGACCCUGACUAUUAGAGAGAAUGAGGACUCUUCCUUCUGGCUGCCUCUGUAUGGAAACAUAUGCUGUCGUUUGGUGGCUCAGCCGGUGUGCAUGACCCAAGACAGGAUGGGUGGCUUCUUGAAUCAGCAGCAAGCUGUUGGAGGCGUUCUCAGCUGCAGCAGGCUGUACUGUGUCCUGAGAGGGGGAAACAUGUUCUGCUACUACACGCCAGAGGAAAUUGAGGCUAAAGUAGAACCUGCCAUUGUCAUUCCUGUUAACAAGGAAACAAGGAUCCGAGCUGUGGAUAAGAGCCCACAGAAAAGGACCAACAGUUUCACUAUCAUUAAUCUCAUAGAUGGGGAAGCAGUGACCAAUGUGUUCACUGCAGAAUGCAGAGAGGAGCUUCAGAAAUGGAUGGAGGCCUUUUGGCAGCAUUUUUAUGAUCUGAGCCAAUGGAAGCACUGCUGCAAAGAGCUAAUGAAGAUUGAGAUAAUGUCCCCAAAGAGGCCUUCUUUGUUCCUUACAAAGCAAGCCACCUCAGUCUACCACGAUAUAAGCAUUGAUUCCCCAAUAAAGUCUGAAAGCCUAACAAACAUCAUUCAUAAUAAAAUAGAGGAGACAGAUGGGAGGUUUCUUAUCGGGCAACAGGACACUCCUUUGGUUCCUCAUUGGGGUGCCCUAUUUGAAGGCACCCAUAACAUGGUUGUUCAGAAAAACGUGGUGUCUCCUAGUCGAAGCUGUGAAAACCUCAGUCCUAACAGCUACGCAAUCAAGAAAAGACGAGCUCCACCACCUCCCCCUGACAGGCUGCCUUACAAACCAGGAGGAAGUGGCAACAAUCAGGCAGAUAAAGAAAAUUCCAGGAAAAACCCAAUGGCUCCAAUGAGGUCAUCUUCCCUCGAAAGCAAGUUCUCUUCGAUAGUACAGCAGCUGCAGAGGCCCACGGUCCCUCCCCGCAAGAACCUGACGUGUAACAAAGCCAGUUCGAGUGAAGACCAGAUGCCAGAGCUCUUACACAGGCCUGUACCUGCACCGCGACAGAGACUCAAAUCCUUCAAGGACAAAUUGAAUCCCAAAAGCUGGCGACAACCUCAAGAUUAACGCUGCUUUAUAACGUGCAUGUUGCAUGACCUGAAGACAGGGCUAUACCAUCUCUGUCAAAGUCUUAUUUUAUUUUCAGACCUUGAAGAUUUUUAUUUACUGCCAUUUUUUAUACUUUUAAACAUUUCAGUGGCUUUUAAAAAGAAAAGAAAAAGUAUACUCUCGUUAAUCCAGACCCCUGUAGUAAAAACUGAUUUAUAAUCCAAACCUAAUGAAAUCCAAAUCUGGUCUGAAUUGGUCUGGAUUGGUGAGAGUCUCUUGUACAUAUCUUUUUAAUCCUUUGUUGCUUUUUAAGAAUGGAAUAACAUGAAACCCUAUUCAAAAAUAUUUAAACUUUAUUUUAAAGAGUGUUUUUUAACAUUCUAUAAAACGGUUGAUCAAAACAGUCUUUUAAUAAGGCAUGGUUUACAGUUUUUGAAUAGGGUCUGUUUUUUAGUUUUCGUUCCUAGAUGGUAUGGAGUAAUGAUGUGUACUGUGACGUAUUCCGUUUCAAAAUAUGUUUGCACAUACUUAAAAAUCUAAUGUUAUAUGGGUCUUUCAAUUCAAAACCUUAUCCUGUAUGCUCUAACUGGUAGCAUGGGUGUCAUUAUGUAGCAUUGAGAUAGCUUCAUAUUUUUUUUUAACUUUCUUUAUAAUUGAUUGUAGGUUGUUUUUGGUACUGUAGUACUCUAUUUUGUUUUGUGAAAGUAACUUUUUUAGUAAAACAAAAUGUAAAUUUUGUUAAAAAAAAAAAAAAAAAGAAAGGAAAGUUUUGAUACUAUGAUGAUUUUAUAUUUUUUUUGUAAAAGACAUGGAUAUUUAUUUUAAUGAUCUAAACAUCAGUGGAUCUAAAUACAACUAGCCAUUAACUCAACAUUGAUCCUGCUGCUGCUUUCCCUCCCAGAAGUAAUUUCAACCCACUGCAUGACAUAAAAAUACAGUCAAACCAGGUUGCAGAAAAUCCCAUAUUUUUAAGAAGUUAAAUUUUUUGAACGACGAUAUUAAGAUCUGCCACUGUUUAGAUCAUUAAUGUAGGCCGCAUCAUGGCAUAAAUGUUUCCUAACUGAUUAAUCUGCUUAAAGUGUCAUUUUUUCAGACAAAAAUACAUCUGGUACUUGCCAUGGAAUUGUUUUUACUGGCUUUGCAGUCCUGUGGUUUUCCUGUGGUUCUCCUAGAAUAAAUACUUUAAGUAUGCCUUUGUAACAAAAGAGUCUGUUCAUUUAAAGUGACUACCUGCUUUCAAGUGCUGCUGAACAUAAUUUACUAUUCCCGAUUCUACAUAGGUUAAAACCAAAAUGUCAGAAAACCAAAAAAAUACAAAAUAAAUAACAAACAAAAAUAGUAC